AUGUUGGUGAAAAGAUCAGAAUCUGAGCUGUUCUUGGCCAAUUCAAACCUUCUGUUGGUGCAGUGGAUUGCGGCAAUAGCUCUUGACAAACACAAGGUCUCUACAGAAGCAUUUUCAAUGAUCAAAGUCAGCAACUUUGGGGCCCUGUUGUGCUUCAGUCUGGCAGUGUUUUGUUUUGCCAAAGACGAUUUUCAGUGUGGCGACGGCUCUUUGGUUUCAACAAAGGAGACAUGUAGUUUCAUCAACCAAUCCAAGUAUGGAAGCGAUGAAUAUCCCUAUUAUGAAAUAUGUGAUUUUGAGAAUGAUUGCUGCUGUGUAUUGGAAAAUGGAAGAUUACCUUCUGGGUGGAUAAGGAGAAAUGGGUUGAGCCUCAAAAGAGCCCCCUUCUUUGAUUACAAUAGCAACGACUCAGAAUAUGGGCAUGGGAAAGAGUUUGGCAUCAGUACUGGCAUCAGUCUGCUUGUAGGUCCAGAUAACCAUUAUUUCAGCAAGGAGUGGAUUUCAUUUUACUAUUGGAUUGGCCAAGUAAAUGGGACCCUUACAGUGGGACUUCAAACUCUUUCUGAUGAGACUUUAAUGACCAUCUGGCAGGAGAAGGAAGGGAUAAAAAGCCAAUGGCAAAAGGCUGUGAUUGCAUUCAACGGGACUCAGAACUCUGAGAUUGUCAUUCAAGGACAAAUAUUUGAACCUUGGACCCCAGGUGAAACCAUUGCUAUUGAUGAUAUAUCAGUCACCAGAGAGUGUUUUCUAACAAAGGCCCGUGAAGCUUCACUGCCUAAGGAACAACACUAUGCUCGUAAUGAGACCUGCAUUCCAGAGGGAGAAUUCUGCCGUAAUGCGUCGAGCAUCUCCUCCAGUACCACAAAUGGAGGAGUCUGUUUUCAGGACACCUGCAGUUUUAAGAUUCACGUGUGUGAUUGGAAUUCUGGUGACUUAGCAGAGCGGCUUGUGAAGGAAUCACAUGAUCUUGGCUUAAACUCAUUUCUUCUGAAAGAUGGAAGCAAUGACACCAAUGGUCAACCUCAAUGCAUACAUGCCAAUGAGAGCACAUUACAUGCAAUCUUACAACGGAAUGGUUCCACAUGUUGUUGCUUUGGCGAGAACUGCCAUUUUUGGUUUCAUUAUUUGCUGGUGGAGAGAAGUGUUCUCAAAGCUGUACUUUAUACUACUAAGGAUGAACCAUUGCUGCUGUGGAAAGCCGGUGCACCAACUAAGAAUGAGUGGGUGAAAACCAAAAUACAGCUUCCAGCAGGUGUUGAAAAAGGAAAGGUUCUGUUGGAAGGAACAACCCAAAGCAAGAAGCUCUGUCUGGAUAACUUCCAUUUUAUGGAUAAUAAGAUACUGGAAUUGCCUGUGGUUUGUUCUCCUGAAGAGUUUGCCUGUGACGAUGGCCAGUGCAUUGAUAGAACCUUGGCCUGUGAUUACCAGUUGGACUGUUUGGAUGGAAGUGAUGAAAAUUCAGCAACUUGUGGAAAGUUAAUUCCCUUGAUUCAAGCAAAUUACACUGUGUGUGACUUUGAGUCUGAGCAGCUAUGUGAGUGGAAGACAUUAAGCAACAAGGAUGUACCUUGGGCCACGAUGAAAGGGCAAACUUCCAGGGAUCUUGGUCUUCCUACAAGAGAUCACACAACUAACAGUGAUAAGGGAAAAUUUAUUUAUGUGACAAGCUCACCUACAUACACAAAGCCUGUCAUUUCUCAUCUCAGCAGUCCAGUCUUUACAGAAUUAUCCACUAAUGCUGCACAUUAUCAGGUGAGAUUUUGGUAUCAGCUGUCUCAGGAUUCCAAGCUGACAGUCUUCAUUAGGACACCUGGGAAUGUGGAAACUUUACUUGACUCAAAUUAUUUCAAGACUGAAGUGCAGUGGACAAAGGCAAUUGUACUUAUAAAAAGCACCACUGGAGAAAUGGCAGGACCUUUUCAGAUAAUUCUACAAGCCCAAAUUGGCUCAGCAAAAGCUUUUGUUGCUAUAGAUGACAUCAGCCUAACAAAGGCAUGUGAGGCUACUAACCAUUCUCUUUCAAAUAUCUACAUGGAAGCUGCUGCGUGUGACUUUGAAACAGGCAGCUGUGGCUGGCGGGAAACAGUCACUGCUGAUGGAUUUAACUGGGUACGAAGCUCCAGAACUGGCCUACCCUUUCCUUUCCAGAAACAAACUCCACCAUGGGAUCAUACCAACAACCAAUCUGAAGGUCAUUUUAUGUUCAUUCUGAGAAACAGCAGCAGUAUCACACAGAUUGCACAACUACAAAGCCCCAAAUUCAGCCCGGGAUCAGGAUGCACCAUGACUUUCUGGUACUACAACUAUGGCCAGUCAGUUGGGGCAGCAGAAAUGCAACUGCUUGUUGAUGGACUCAAAGAGCCAACAGUCGUCUGGAGGAUAUAUUACAAUCAAGGAGAUAAGUGGCUAAAGGCAUCCAUUCAGCUUGGCCGCCUCCCACGGCCUUUUCAAUUAUCUCUAAAUAAAGUCAGCCUUGGAUUUUAUGAUGGUGUCUCAGCAAUUGAUGAUAUCAGAUUUGAGGACUGUGCAUUGCCGCCUCCAACAUUAAACUGUGAAAGUCCUGGUCGUUUCUGGUGCCGAGACUCUAAAGCUUGCAUAGAUAGUUUAUUAGUGUGUGAUCUUGUUGAUGACUGCGGAGAUGGAUCUGAUGAAGACAGCUGCACUGCGUUGCAGUGCAACUUUGAGUUUGGACUCUGCAACUGGGAACAAGAUAUGGACGAUGACAUGGACUGGACCAGAAACCAAGGCCCGACUCCCACUCUGAAUACAGGACCAAUGAAAGAUCAUACUCUGGGCACAGUCAAAGGGCACUACCUGUACCUAGAGUCUUCAGAGCCACAGGUGUUCCAAAACAGAGCAGCUCUGCUGAGCCCAGUCUUUAAUUCUACCAUUGCACAAAACAACAAAAGCUGCAUUUUUCGCUUCCAUUAUCAUAUGUUUGGAAAGCACAUUUACAGACUGGCAGUUUUCCAGAGAACAGCAAGCAACACAAGAGGACAUCUGCUGUGGCACACAUUUGGUAAUCAAGGGAACAGAUGGAUAAGGAAAAUCCUUUACAUUAGGAGCUCAGAGCCAUUUCAGAUUUUGGUGGAGGGUACCGUUGGGGAUGGCUUCACUGGAGACAUUGGAAUUGAUGAUUUGUCUUUUAUGGAUUGUGCACUUUACUAUGGUAAUAGUUUUCCAACUGAUUCCACGACUCCAUUGGGAACAUCCAUUCCUGUAACAUUGCCCAUGAACAAUUGUACAGAAGAGGAAUUCAUCUGCAGAGCCACUGGCCGGUGCAUAAAGAUAAUUCAGAGGUGUGAUUUCCGACCUGACUGUUCUGACAAAUCUGAUGAGUCAUCUUGUGCUUCAGAUGUUUGUGACUUUGACAAGGGAAACUUAUGUGAAUGGUAUCAGCCUGCAGCCACAGUGACAACCAUAUCUCCAGCCCAUAUUGCUAAUAUGUUCCAGUGGGGCCUUGGUAAAGGAGCAAACAUUCACCCAGGAGAAGAGAAUCACAGACCGUUGGUUGAUCAUUCAAAGGCUACUGAGGAAGGCUGGUAUCUCUAUGCCGACAGCUCGAAUGGAGAAUUUAGACACACAGCUGACCUGAUCACACCUGUAAUUUCUUUGACUGGGCCCAAGUGCAAGAUGGUUUUUUGGAACUAUAUGAAUGGGGCAACAGUGGGUUCAUUGCAGGUGCUCAGCAAAGUAGGAAAUGUGACUUCGGAAAUGUGGGCUCAGAGUGGUCCCCAGGGUCCCCAGUGGAACAGAGCUGAAGUGUUCUUAGGCAUUCUUUCUUAUUUCCAGGUUGUCUUCAGGGCCAGACGAGGCAUCAGUUAUGUGGGAGAUGUGGCAGUGGAUGAUAUUUCCUUUGAGGACUGUUCUCCUCUGCAGAUCCCAGUCAAACCUUGUGUUUCUGAUGAAUUUACCUGUGCCAACAAAUACUGCAUCCCAAAAGAUAAUCUUUGUGAUUUUGUGAAUGACUGUGCAGAUAACUCAGAUGAGAGCCAAAGCAUUUGCAGAACAUCCAUCGGGCGCUGUGAUUUUGAGUUUGAUCUUUGUGACUGGGAGCAGGAUCAGACUGAUGACUUUGACUGGAAUCUCAGAAUUGGAGGCAUCCCAAGAGCAGGCAUGCAACCAAUUGCUGAUCAUACCUUGCAAAAACCAUCUGGUCAUUACAUCUUUAUAAAGAGUUCCUUCCCUCAAUUGCCAGGGCAAGAAGCCAGAGUUUCUAGGAGCAGAAGAAGCAGACAUUGCAAGCUGGUAUUUUAUUACCACAUGUAUGGAGUCAGUAUGGGAUCACUAACCGUCUACCAGGUUAUGGCAUCGAAUUCCAAAAAAGUGUUAUUUAAUCUGACUGGGGAUCAAGGAAAUUUCUGGAACAGAAAAGUUUUACCAUUGGAGGCAGAUGAGGACUUUCAGGUCACCUUUGAAGGUCGUGUUGGAAAAGGUCUCAGGGGAGACAUAGCACUUGAUGACAUCACUUUUACAAAGGACUGUUUACCAUCUUCAGACUUCUUUCCAGAUGAACCCACAGCGUUACCUCCAACAGGCUCUUGCUCACAGGAUUUGUUGGAAUGCCUAAAUGGCAACUGUUACAGACCAGAACAAAGCUGCAAUUUUGUGGAUGACUGUGGGGAUAAUACAGGUGAAAGAGAAUGUGGACUUUCUUGCACUUUUGAAAGCGAUAUAUGUGGUUGGCAGAAUUCUCUAGCCGAUAACUUUGAAUGGGUUAUGGGAACCAGCUCACCUCAAAUCCUUGGACCUCCUAAGGACCAUACACUGGGAAAUGGGAAAGGACAUUUCCUGUAUCUUGAAGCAACUUCAGUAGGUGUUAGAGGUGAGAAAGCACAUUUGAAGAGUUCCAAGUGGAAAGAAUCUAGUGCCACUUGUGUACUGAGUUUUUGGUAUUACACAUCUUCAAAAGCAACAGGACAUAUCCAGGUUCUUAUUAAGGUUGAACAUGGCCUUGUAAAGAUGUGGAAUGAUUCUGUAAAUAAUGGUGGCCAAUGGAAAAGAGCAGAAAUACAUCUAGGGAAACUGAGGAGUUUUGAAGUCAUAUUUGAAGGCAUUCGAGCCAAAGAUCUUGGAGGAGGAGCAGCAAUAGAUGACAUUGAAUACAAGAACUGCAGUGCAAUUGGAGAGGAUUCUGGGGUGUGCCCGACUAUCACUGACUUUGUGUGUCAGAACAAGAAUUGCAUCGAGUCCAACCUUGUUUGUGAUUACAAGGCUGACUGUGGAGACCGGUCAGAUGAAGCUGACUGCAGUCAAUACACCUCUGUUCCAGGAAGCUGUAACUUUGAAAUGCAGGGCCAAGACUGGACGACUGUGUGUGGAUAUACGCAAGAUUCCAGUGAUGAAUUUGAUUGGCAUGUUAGCAAUAGUGCUGCUGUCAUACAAGGAAAAGGCCCAAGUAAGGGUCACACACCAGGUAAUGGACAUAAUUUUCUAUACAUCAAUUCAUCUUCUCAACAAGAAGGAGAUAGAGCAAGAAUUGUUACCACCACAUAUUUUCCAUCCAGCAUGGGUACAUGUAGACUCCGCUUCUGGUUCUGGCCAUGUAAUUCACCCAAAAUUGGAGUGUUAAAGGUGUACGCUAUUGAAGAAUUCGGAAUGGAUAUUUUAAUGUGGUCAGGCACUGGAAAUAAAAGAAAUGCAUGGACAUAUGCCAAUGUGGUCCUUUCCAGUAACUGUCCUUUCAGAGUGGCAUUUGAAGCUGAAGCGGGAGCAAAGGUGCUCAUAGAAUUUGCCCUCAAUGAUAUCUCUUUCACCCCAGAAUGUGCAUUAGGAGGAUCGGUAGCACCACAGCCUCCGACCUGCCCCAGUGACCAAUUCACUUGCAUAUACGUGAAACAGUGCGUGCCUUUCUCUGUGAAAUGUGACCAAGUGGAGGACUGUGCAGAUGGAUCCGAUGAAAUGGCUUGCACUGCUGAGCCACCGGCCACAGAACCUCCGAGCCUUUGCAAGGAUACGGAGUUUCAGUGUGCUAACCAACUGUGUAUCCCAUCACUCUUGAGAUGCGAUGGUGUGACGGACUGUAAAUUAAAUGAAGAUGAAGCCAAUUGUCCCAUUAAAGAUUGCUUCAAUGGUUCUUUGUUGUGCCCAUCAACAAAUAGCUGCAUUCCAGUUUCCCAACGCUGCGAUGGUAUUGUACACUGCAUCGAUUUCUUCCUUGAUGAAUCUAGCUGUACAGCCUGUCCAGAGUCAUAUUGCAAAAAUGGAGGCACAUGCAGCAAAGAAACUGUUCCUCUCUGCAGAUGUGGGAAAGAAUGGAGAGGAAACCGAUGCCACAUAAAAGCUAAACUUCCUUUGACUCCAUCUUCUGGUUCCCUAAAAAAUGAUAUUUGGACUGGGCUGAGCGUUGGAUUAGUUUUGCUGUUGAUUGAAAUUGCGGUCGCUGUUUCGUGCAUCCUUUCAAGGAGGAAAGUGCCAAGAACGUAA